CUGCUGAAAGGCCUGGCCGCAGUCCAGAAAUUUACCAUCCUCAUUGAUGUCACUCUGCUUAAGAUUGAAUUGUGAGGCCUGGUGCCCUUGCUGUCCUUUCCCACAUGUUACUUAGUUUUCAGCAUUCUCCAGAAGCUUUUCAUUUGAUUGUCCCACAUGUGGUCAGUUUGGUUCACUCCUUCAAAAGAGAUGGCUUACCUUCCAGUACAGCCUUUCUGAUGCAGUUGACUGAGUUGAUACACUGUAUGAUGUAUCAUUAUUCAGGAUUUCCAGAGCUCUAUGAACCCAUUCUGGAAGCUGUUAAGGAUAUGCCCAAACCCACUGAAGACAAGAUUAAGUUGAUUCUCAGUCAGAGUGCCUGGACUUCUCAAUCCAGUUCUUUGCCAUCUUGUUUAUCUAGACUUUCUGGAAAAUCUGAGACUGGGAAGACAGGUCUAAUUAAUCUAGGAAAUACUUGCUACAUGAACAGUGUUAUUCAGGCACUUUUUAUGGCUACAGAUUUCAGAAGACAUGUUUUAUCUCUGAAUCUAAAUGGGUGUAAUUCACUAAUGAGAAAAUUACAGCAUCUUUUUGCAUUUUUGGCUCAUACCCAGAGGGAGGCAUAUGCUCCUAGAAUUUUCUUUGAGGCUUCCAGACCACCAUGGUUCACCCCUCGAUCCCAGCAGGAUUGCUCAGAAUAUCUCAGAUUCCUGCUAGACAGGCUGCAUGAAGAGGAGAGAACCUUGAAAGCAUUGUCUUCAACAAAGACUUCUGAAAGUAUAAUGAAUGAAGAGUCCCAGAAACAAGAAGCUGUCCAUAAAGCACAGGUAUUUGCUGAAGCACCUUGUAUGGGAAGUGAAGAAAGAACUCUGAUAGAGAAGAUGUUUGGAGGAAAAUUGAAGACUACUAUAUGCUGUUUGAACUGCAAAAGUAUGUCUCAAAAGGAAGAAGCUUUCACAGAUCUCUCUCUGGCUUUCUGUCCUCCAACUUCCUUGGAGAACGUUGGCCCAAAAUGUGUGGAACGUUCUGAAGUGAAAGAUGACUGCGUGGUGCAAACUAAUACUUUAGCAACUAGUCCUGCUGGAGAAACACUGCUCAAUAAUUUGGAAGUAAAUGGUGGAUGUGACACAAUAAUGAAUGAAGGAACCAUAAAAGAUUUUUCUACUGAGCCAAACUCUGAGAAUACCACAAAUUCUGAACUCAACAAAGUUCAAGAUAAUAGAGAUAUGUCUCAGAGGCUAGUAGGUAAAAACACCCUGUCAGUUACAGACUUAUUGAAUUAUUUUCUGGCACCUGAGAUCCUCAGUGGAGACAAUAAGUAUUAUUGUGAGAAGUGUGCCUCUCUACAGAAUGCUGAGAAAACUAUGCAAAUCAUUGAGGAACCCGAAUACCUCAUUCUCACUCUUUUGAGAUUUUCAUAUGAUCCAAAGUGUCAUAUAAGGCGCAAAAUCUUGGACAAUGUGUCUCUGCCACUUGUUUUGGAACUGCCAGUCAAAAGAGCAACAUCCUCUCUAGCUGUAGUUUCGGGAGGUUGGUCUGUUGGUGUUGAGAUUUCUGAUAUUGGAGAAAAUCUUGCUAAAAAACUGAAGCCCUCGGGUGCUGAUGAAGUGACCUGCCCACAGUUGGUGCCAUACGUGUUAAGCUCUGUGGUGGUGCAUUCUGGUGUAUCCUCUGAAAGUGGACAUUAUUAUUCAUAUGCUAGAAAUGUUACUGGGUCAGGGCCUUCAGGACUCUGCCACCAGUCUACAGCUCUUUCUUUAGUUUCUCCUCAGGAUAAGUUAUUGACAGAGGAGAGUCCUUGUACUGUUGUAGAAAAUGAGCUGGACACUGAGAUGCCAAGAGAAUGGUUUCUGUUCAAUGACAGCAGAGUGACAUUUACCUCAUUUCAGUCAGUCCAGAAAAUUACCAGUAGAUUUCCAAAGGACACUGCUUAUGUUCUGUUUUACAAAAAACAAAAUAGCACCUGUGGCUUCAACACCAAUUCGGCAAAUGGACUCUGGGUAAAUGGAGACCCUCCCCUACAAAAAGACCUCAUGGAUGCAAUUACGAAAGAUAACAAACUGUACUUGCAGGAGCAAGAGCUUAGUGCUCGAACACAAGCACUUCAAGCUGCCUCAGCCUCAUGCUCUUUCCGACCCAAUGGAUUUGAUGACAACGACCCCCCGGGAAGUUGUGGACCGACAGGUGGAGGAGGAGGGGGUGGGUUCAGUACUGUUGGUAGAUUAGUCUUUUGACUAUGAAGACAACCUGGAAUACACUGGUUCCAAAGCAGCCCGGUACUGCUGAGGACAACUAUAAUAUUGAACUUUGUCAGAUAUUGUACCAAGUUUUGAGACUUUAUCCUUGUUCAAAAGCAAAUGUUGGGGUUUUUUUGGUUAUGUUUUAUUUGAAAUAAAUAAGUGCAUAAUGGAAAAAAACUACCUCUUAAAAAUUCAGUUGCUUUUAUAGUAAGAUAUGCUUGCCCAAAAGACAGAAAAUUGAGAUUUUUAAGUAGUUGCUAAUGACACUGCAUUAAACUGAACAAACGCACUUACAUCAGUUUCUAUUGUCCUCAUCCACUGAAUGAAGAAAGUUCAUUUUUUUUUUUUUACUCUGGCAGUAUUGCUUUAUAUGGAAAUCCUUUCAGAUGGGCUAAACUGCAUACAUAUUCUCUCACCCCCACCUUAUUGUCAAAUCCGGUACCUUUAUGGAUUUCCAGAGAUGAUGCAAUUUAUAAUGAAGGCAAUAACUUAAAUAUGACAUGAUACAGUACUUUCCAGAUUAAAAAUUAUUCAAUGUAUUU